AUGGACUCUGUACUGAGUAAUAUCCUUGACGCCGAAGAUACAGACUACGGCAGUAACAGAUAUCACGAAAUCACCACACCAGCAGCCGAUGAUGAUGACGACAAUGAGCCAAUUGGGAAUGAUGAAGACAUGGAGGAUGAAGAAGACGAAGGGCCGGACUCGGAUAGACCCUUGAUCUGUGGAAGUCGUUAG